GUUGGAUGGUUGCCGCCCGGAUGCGUUGCUAGCAGCGGAGGCUCCACGUUUGCGUGCUUUGCUCAGGAACAAGGCUGGACGCUGCGCCUUCUCCUUGCAUUGCAAGACAGAUCCGGUGCCUCUCUCCGCACCUUCUUGGGCGACAUUGCUGACCGGACUAAAGGCGGAUAAGCAUCGCAUCACCAGCAAUGACCUCGAUUCCCUGCUUGCAACCGACUCUGAAGGAAAACUACUUGUGCAUCCCUCCUGGUGCAUUUGCAGCUCUGCGCGGGCUGCUACGUGCUUUGCUUCCGCUUUCAGUCAGGCGAAGCGUCAAAAGCUUGGAAGUUCUGAAGCGUCAGAAUUCCCUCCCACUCUGUUCCAUUUCUUGGCGAAGCAUGGCCGCUGUGCGCGGCUGCUGAACGUGGGCUGGCCUGGCGUGCCACAGCUGUGUGCAGAUGCUGCCUUGGCUCAGACCCUGAAGGUACAAAGAUUUGGCGACGAGGCUGAGGAGCUGGACAAAGCCAUUGAGGAACUGCUGCAGCUCUUGGACGAAAGCAAGGAGCAAGAGAUUCCUGAUGUUCUGGCUCUCUACACCCACAGUGUGGACCUUGCGGGUCAUCUUUAUGGCUUUUCGCUAGAUGUACCGCAAUACAUGGACUCCAUCGAACACUUUGACAAGUGCUUAGGCCAGCUGCUAGAUGCCGUUGCCAAACGCGAUUCGGAAGAUUGGCUUUUGGCCAUUACCACCGAUCAUGGUGGAGGUGCAGUCAAAGACAUGUCCAAAGAGCUUUGGUCAGUCUUCCUGGAAGACUGCAAGUGCAUCCACAAGGGCCUUCCCCAGUCAAGUUGUCAAGGCGUGCAUGGCCUACAGGAUUCCGAUGUACACAAUACCAGGUUUCUGAUUCUCUCCGGGCUGAACGUGAGGCCUGGAGAAAUCAUUCCGCCACCAGAGGCGAUCGAUUUCCUUCCAACCUUGCUUCGACAUCUUGCGCUGCCGUUUGAUGACCUGCCGGGCCAUAGCCGUGGGCUGCGGCGUGAUUUCUAG